GGCACAAAGUUUAUACGUGUCGUAUGCCGCCGGCUUAAACCGCGUCGUCUACGUUACGAGUCGUAUAAUCGCAGCGAAAAACGUCACUAGCCAAUUAAAUUAGUGAGUGUGGUAAUUUUAGACAGCGUGGUAUUUAGAUUUAGUGGUAGUGACUGUUUUUCUUUAACGGUUUUUUUUUAAGACAGAUAUUAUUUUCGUUAGUGAAAAUUGUGUGUUUUGGCGCUGGAUUUUAAUGUGAUUGAUUGCUGAUCUGAAAGGAUUAAUUUCUGGUUACGUGACGCCAAAUGGAGAUAUGAACCACCGUCACCGGUGAAAAAGUGUAAAUCAGCCAGCACCUCCAAUUAAUCAUAUUUAAAAAUGUUCUAAAAAUAAAAAAAUGGCGCCUAAAAAUGUUUUAAAAAUAGAACAAACAACGCUCGUACGCACCGCAGGGGGAAGCUGAACUUCCGUUUAAAAUGUAAUUUAAAAAUAGAAUUCCGGAUAUAUUACAUUACUUCCCUUAUGUUGGACGGAACUAUAUUGUAGUUGGAUACAUUGGAAUAAUGUCGAAUUUAAAUAGAUUGAGAGUUACCAGUAGGUGUGUGAAGCCUUUGUUCUUAUUAUUACGGACUAUUGGGUUGUGGCUUAGUUUUGUUUUAGUGUUAUUUCAAGUGUUUGGUGUUUGUAGUGGAUAUGUUGAGCAGAAAUUUGCAAUGGAGCCUCAAGAUCAGACGGCGGUGGAGGGCUCAAGAGUUACGCUCCCUUGCCGAGUGGAGAACAAGGCUGGUCAACUGCAGUGGACAAAGGACGAUUUUGGACUCGGUCUACAUCGAGAUCUCAGUGGAUACGAUCGAUACAAGAUGAUUGGGAGCGAUGAAGAAGGUGAUUAUUCAUUGGACAUCAGGGACGUUACUUUAGAAGACGACGCCCAAUAUCAGUGCCAAGUCAGUUCAGGAGCAAGAGGUGAACUAGCAAUUAGGUCACGAUAUGCCCGCCUCACCGUGUUGGUCCCUCCGGAGCCACCGAAAAUCCUGCAAGGGACUUACUUCUCUACGUCCGAAGACCGAGAUAUCAAAUUGGAAUGCGUGUCUAUUGGUGGGAAGCCACCGGCCGAGAUCACGUGGGUGGAUAGCAACGGAGGUGUUUUGACCCAAGGUGUUACGUAUACCGUUGAACCACUAUCAGAUGGACAGAGAUUUACAGCUAGGUCCAUACUAAAAAUGAAGCCUAAACGCGAACAUAACAACCAAACAUACACGUGUCAAGCCCAGAACACAGCUGACAGGGCUUACAGAGCUGCCAGUAUCGUCAUUGAGGUAAAAUAUCCGCCCAGAGUGAAAAUGUCCUUAAAAUCAGCUGUUAAUGGAAGAUUUCCUGAGGGGAAAGAUGUUGUUAUUGCAUGUAAAGGCGACGCGAACCCCACUAAUCUGACGUACAAAUGGUAUAUGAAUGACAAACUCAUCGCCGCGAACAGCACAGAAUUGAGAAUUCACAAUAUAACAAGACAGUAUCACGAUCAUGUUAUAAAAUGCGAAGUACACAACGAAGUUGGGAAAACCGAGGAAUCACAUGUUUUGGAAGUUACUUAUGCGCCGAAAUUUAAAAGUCACCCAAAAGACGUAGAAGCAGAAGUAGGCACUCCUAUAACUCUCAGCUGCGAUGUUGAUGGUUAUCCAGUGCCAGAAAUUAAUUGGCUACAUCACGAGGAGGAUCAAAACAUCCGUGUUGGGAAAACUGCAAAUCUAUCGUUGACAGUUGAUACACAUACGGCUGGCCGAUAUAUAUGCCAAGCUUCCAUCGAAGGAUACCCUGAAAUUCAGGCUGAGGCUUCAGUGUUUAUUAAAGGACCACCAAAAAUCCUGUCUAACCAAACUCAAUUUGGCUCACAAGGGGACAUUGUUAACAUAGAAUGCGCAGCGUUUUCAAUACCCCGUAUAGACAACAUCAUUUGGACGUUUGAAGGGAGAGAAAUUGACACAAUACACGAUCAGGAUUAUGCAUUCUUGGAAGAUUUGCAACCAGGAGGUGUUGUUAAUUCCACGUUGAUUAUUCGAGAGAGUCAAUCAAGACACUUUGGCGUGUACAAAUGCAAUGUUUCGAAUGACUAUGGCAGUGAUACUUUGGAGAUAAUACUAAAACCAAAUAAAACAUUCCCCUUAUUGCCCGUUUUGUUUGGGGCGACAUCUGGAACGAUUAUGGUGGCAGCUUUGGUGAUGCUUAUAAUCCUAUGUCAGAGGAAGCAGAGGAAGAAUAAACAGACUCAAGUGACAGAGAAACCAGAUGUGACAGUCACUGCUGAAGAAUUAUUUAAAGAUAACGACAGGAAUUCAAAUAUAAGCGAUUUGAAGCUGGAACUGCGACAGGCUAAUGGAAGUUGUGAAAUUGAUUACUCCAACACGGGAUCGGACAGCACAUUAUGUUCCAACGCCAAAUUAGGCAGUGGGGUGCCCUUAGCUGGGGCCGUGCCACUGUCCUCCAUAAAUCAAAGUAGCACAUACCAGCCGUAUAGAUAUAGCAACGAUUACACCGACCCAGCUUAUGCUGACUGUUAUAAGGUAAAUGGUUUCGGUAACGGAUACCAGACGUACGUGCAUUAUGCGCACGAUUACACGCCUGGAUCAUUGAGGGUCACUUCACCCACUGUGGGCAGUGACAAAUUGACCCCCAAUAGGUCAGUCAACGGUAGUUUAUCAAGGGGUAUAGAUACCCCGUUAACGGUCCAAUACAACCCGGGCAACGGAUCUCAGAAUAAUUCCCUACAGCGCUCCACCAAGCGGCAGGACAGUAGUAAUGCACUGAAUAAUUUGGGAGUACCCUCCGGGGAAGCUAAUAGAAUACCAAAUGGGGGUAUAAUACAAGGCGUGGAUGUAAGAUAUGCUGCCACCUACGGCAAUCCACAUUUGAGAACGGGCGGUGGGCUCGGUUUCGCUACUACAGUGAAUACAGCAAAACCGGCUUCCACUCCUGCACCGCCACCAUAUUCUUCAGUCAGAAGUUCUGUGGUGAUACCAUCAGGUACAUCGUCGCAUUCAAUAACAUCACCAACAAGUCUCGCAUCACCGCAGUGUACUACGAGCCCUAUCACCACUUCUACAAUGUCUACAGAUAGUACACAGCCAGCGGCGGUUGGCGUAGCUACAUCAUCUGCUACUCCGCAGUCCCCUAGCGCUCAUUAUAUAUUAGCUCCGUCAAAUAGAACGAUAAGUAAUGCUACUGUUACCAAAAAAGGUAACGGACACCAGACACCAUUAGCGACUCACGUAUAACCAAUGUUGAAAGGUGUCAUUUAAAAAAAAAACUAUUGACUAUUUUUACUUAUUAUAAACAAAGUGACACUUGUACGAUCUCUCAUGUAACAUAGUGCGGUUUUUGCAAGACAGUCUAAUAUAAUAGGCUAACAUGGUGAAACUUCUUGACUCUUCUAGAAGAGAACGUGUUGUGAGAUUUUGAAUGUUUCUUUCGUAUUUAUGUACUUUUUCUUCUGAUGUAAUAUCGUUAAGUAAGUAAAAUUAAUCGCGAGUUAAUGUAUUACUCUGUACUAUGAUACAAAAUGGCUUUAUAAGGGGAUUGUCACACUGUCAUAUAUUUAUAUAGGAUCAUAUUAAUAACAAUUAUUAAGCAACGACAUACUUUCAAUAUCAAAUCAUAUCAUUGUAAAGUUUUAUAAUAUGUAGUUUAGAAAUAAAUGGAGAGAAUAAUUUUAUUUAAUUUGUAUAUAAUUAUAGCUCGUCAUAGAUUGACAUGAUAUGAUCCUAUAUAUUUAUAAUAAACGUGAUAGUGUAAUAAGUACAUAACAAUUAUCAACUACAAGAAAGGUCUCAAAAAUAUGUUUUAAUUGGUUAAAUCUAAAAAAACUGUUUUAUAUAAGUUGCAGUUAAAUUGAUAUUAAAACAUGUAAAAGACUAGAUUUUUAACCUUACCUUAAUUGACAGUUAACUGCGUAUUCCUUGUAACUGUAACAAAAUUUCACAAAAGAAAUAAAUACUCGUAGGUAAUUAAUUAAAAAUUGUGUCCCAUAAACAAAUCGCCUUCAAUUAUGACAAAUUUAUUUUGAUUUAAAAACUAAACUGCUGAACCGAUUUGGAUAAAUUUUCUACGGGACCAAUUUGUAAGUAUAUCCUUACAGAUAAAAUAAAAAAAAAUUCAAAUCGGUUUAGAAUUGACGAAGUUAUGGAGUGACCAACAUAAAAAAAAUCUGAAUUUAGAAUUUCUUUUUUGAAAUCGGUUAAAAACAUUCUAAAUGCUUUCCUAUUUUGAAUGAAAGGAAAACAUCCUUGGUUUUAAUAUUAAAUAUAAAUCAAAUAAAAAAGACUUCUCAUAGGAAUCUAAAAAUAUAUUAUUUAAUUUAAUACUUGGAUAUAAACAAUUGAUCUUGUAAUAAUAUGCCCAAGCAUUUAAUAAUGUUUGUUUUAUAUUUAAUUUAGACCUCGGUCUGUCGAGAUUAUCUUUCUUCGAUAUUGUGUUAAUAAAUUCUAGGUAUCUUGAACAUAAUGAGCGGUUUAAUUCUCAAUGAAAACAAUAAUGGGUGAGUAAUCAUAGAAUUUUUAUGAAAUGAAAUUAUUCUAAGAAUUUUAAUACGAAGAAAUAUUACGCUUCCAAUUUUAAAAUACACGGAAUGCGGAGUUACUUGGUAGCAAAUAAUACGUUAUUAGAUUGAUAAUUUUAUUUUUUAUUAUUCAAUGCUUGUUUAUAAUACUUUAUAUAGGUCAUUUUUUUUUCUAUUACCUCAAUUUAUUUAUUACGUAUUUCGGUAAUCGUGUAACUGGUUUUUUUUGUGAGAUUCUAUUGUGGUUGAUAAAUGUUUUGUAAAUAAGUUUAAUUCAAGUAAAUGUUGAAAUGUUUUUCAAAUGAUAUGGAAUGUAUAUGUUUAUUUAAUUUAAUCAUGUUAUUAUUUAUAUUAUUAUUUACUACAUUAUUUCUACUGAGAAAUUCAUAGAUAAAAUAUAGUUAUCUUUAAUAUCUUGCAUUGAAGUUAAUUUCUACUUUAGAUUAUCUAGUAUCCGUUAAAAAAAGAGAUAUAUUUUACUUAUUUAUACAUUAUAUAUGAAACGGUUAAAUACUUAGUCAUUAUUAUUUUUAAAUUGCUUUUAACUGUUAUAGAAAUCAAUGAAUGAAAAUUAAAAAUGCGAUUAAAUACUAUUUUAAUCUAAUAACUGGCGGUUUAACUUAUAUGUAGUUUGCUAGAGAAAGCUCGAUUAGUUUAGUGGCCAUCCAGAACCUUUAGUGUUUAACAGCCAAAGGUCUCCAAACAACAUUGUCCUUAUCUGUGUCGGUGUCUCGAACGCCUAAAGCUCGUGCUCAGCAAGCCUAGGCGCGAAGUAACAACCACUCAAGAGCAAGGCUCCCGGGUGGUCUCGAAACUAGUUAAGCUUUCUCGAUCAAAUUACAUAAAAGUUAAACCUGUAGUUAUUACAUUAAAAUAUAAUAUAUAAUUAUGAAAAUUUUAACAAUAAUGUUUUCUAUGCUUAAAAUAAAUGUUACAAAACAAAUGAUUUUAAUCAAAACAAGUUUGAUUGAAAGAACAAAGCCAAGGUGAAAAUAUUGCGUGUACUACCGUCUUAUAUACAAAUUAUUCAUACAAAAGAAAAAUCUUGAUCUAGACCUUUGUUAAUUGAACAAAGCUUAAUUCUGCACUAAAUCGUACUAAAGUGUACAUAGUACUAAAUUGUAUAUGCACGAAAUUUAUUUGAAAAGACCAAAAAGUAUAGAUGGAUCUCAAAAAACAUUUUUAUUUUACCAUCCCAUUAAUAACCCUUCAAUAUUGAAAUAUAUAAUUGAAUUAAAGUGAUCAAUAUAUGAUAAAUAAGUAUUAUAUAACAGACGACAUUCGACAUGACUUAUUAAAAUAAUUAAUUGAAACGUUUAUAUAUAUAUAUACUGAGAUUUUCUCUGAAAAUUACAAUCCAUCUUUCUUUACAUAAGUCAGUAUGAUAAAAGAAUGAUGUCAAUUUUAAACUAUCCAACUGAGACUGUUCUUGUUGAUAGAUAUAUUAAAAAUUUUGGUAUUGUAUAUAAAAUUGGUGGUCUUACCAUUUGUAACUAUUACUAAAUGUAUCUAUUUGUUUGUUUAUAUGUCGCUUUGCUAUUAUCUGUAUAAUAAUUUCCAUCGAAAAUUAAAACGGAUGCAUAAGUCUGUUUGAAAUGAUUUAAUUUUUCUAUGUCUUUUUUAUUAAUUUAUCUGACCCAUCUAUUAAAUAAGUACUAAGCAAUAGAAUGUGAGCGUCAACGACCUCGUAUUGUUCCAAAUGGCCUCAAAAUAUAAAUGGUUCUAAUUCUGUAAUAAAAUCUAUAUUUUGAAAAAUAAUUAUUUUAAAUUGAAAAUAUACAGUUUAAUGAAAUAUAUUAUAAAACUUAAUUUGUAUUUUUUUUUUGUUUUUAUAGUGGUAAUUUUUUUAUAACAAUUGCAAGGAAAGGAUUUCUUGUUUUCAUUUUAGAGUUUCCUCUUGUCGGUGCAAUUAAUUCAUGCAUAAGGAAAGGAUUGCUUGCAUAAAAUUUUCUAGUAGUAAAUUUACAAUGUAUAUGCUUCAGGUGUUUAAUAUAAAACACCUACUUUAUUUAAUAAUAGAUAAUUAUGUAUUACAGAAAAAUGUAACAAUUUAAGACACAGUGAUUUAUUUACAAAACUGUUUACCACUAUAAAGUAUAUACAGUUUGUACACAUGAAAAGUACUCUCGGUUAAACCGUGCGAUGACAAGAUCAAUUAAUUGUAUGUAUCCAAAAUGGUUUUCAUUAUUUGAUCCGGCUUUCUUGAAAAAAAAAAAAGAAAUCAGUUUCGUAAAUAUCUGUCGUUUUUGGAAUUUCAAAUGUUAUGCACAUUUUAUUACACUGUGCUCUGAAAUCCUUUGAAUUCAUAUUAAAAUGUUGAAAAGUAUUUUAGAAUUUUAGAUAAAAGUUAAUUCAAAUAUUAAUUAUAUGGAUAUUUACACUUAUUUGCCAUUUGAUUAUAAACUGUUCCUAAUUUUUUUUUAUUCGACAUAAAAAAUAAAAUACUGUUCUGUAAAAAUAUUAUUCUGUUACGUAGCCUAUUUAUUACUUUUACUUUAUUUUUUAAAUCAUUAUAUCUUUUAGAAAUUACUUUUAAUUGUAUAUUUAUCAGAUUUUAUAGAAUCGUAAUUCUCACGAAAAUAUAUAUAUAUAUAUAUAUAUAUUUUAGAUUGUUAUUAAUUAAGCUUUAAUUCAAUAAUUUAAUGACUAUAGCGUGCCAUUUUCAUAUCUCAUACAUAUCCACGUUUUAUACUAAAAUUACAUUACAAUAUAUCCUUCAAUUUAGCACAAAUUUCAGAUCUUCCGUUUGUUUUCACAAUUAUGUCAAUUUUAGAUUUAUUUUAAAAUGUCUUAGAGGCAAUUUUUUUUAUACUCUAAGAUAAAUAUUUAUCAAAUAACAUUUCAAUUAUUAUUAUAAUAAUAUAUAAUAUAUAGUUUAAAAAUUAUUUACAGCUUGUCACUAAUGCUCAAUAAACGAAAUGUUUUUUUAGAAAUUUCGAUCUAAGACUGAUUAGAGUAACCUACAUAAACACUUACAGGUCUAUUAUUUCUUGAAAUGAAAUUAUUAAAUUGUCAUAUUAUAUAUUGUGGAUGAAUAUAGAAUCAAAUAAUAUGUUAAUAUUAUAUAAAUAUCUGUAUUAUUAUAUGUUUGGUGACAGUUAAUUUUUAAACUUUUAAACUUUCGCGUUGUUUACACAUAUUUUAAAUACACAAUAGGAACUUAUCGCGAUGUAAAAGCUUUUACAGGUAAAUAGUACCUACAUACCUGCUUCUUUAUCACCGACGUUUCGACGUGGAUUUCACCAUGUCGUGGUCACGACAGAACUGAAGUGAGUGGCGUCUUCGUCUGAAACAUAAAGAAGAAGGUAUGUAAGUAUUAUUUACCUGUAAAAGUUUUUAUAUCGCCUUAAGUCCCGAUUGUGUGUUUAAAAUAUGUCUGAUAACACUAAUAACUUGUUACAACGACUAAAGUGCCAUGAAGUGGCAAUUUCCAUAGAUUUACCAUAGACCGAUCGUACAAAACAACGUUUCCCAAUAUUUACUAAUUAUAUAAAUGUAAAAGUGAAUUUGUUUAUUUGUUACAUUUUCCAUUUAGUUUAAUCAAAUGUCAUUAAAUUUAGUAUACGUUAUAGUAUUGGCAUUAAAAAGUAGGCAAAUUUUUAAAUGCGUGUAAAAUUUUGUUAUUUUUAACAAGUACUCAUAUUUAUGACCGAAAUCGAUAUCGAAACUUAUUGAUUAAAUUAAUUUUGUAUUAACAAUUUGCGUCACCACCACUCAUGAUUAAGGGUUCUGGAUAACCCCAAAACUAAUUGAACGUUCUCAGUAAAAAUUCACUUAAGUCUGUCAGGUUAUUUUUAUAUAUUAACUGUCCGCUGCUGAACAUAGGCCUCCCCGAUAAGGGGCGUUUUGUCAGUAAUUGUAUCGCUUAGCAGGCAGGUUGGCAACCGUAGUUAGGCUUUGGUGAUGUUUUAAGAGAGAUACUACUGUCCUUUUUUUCGACCAUUAAGUCCUCUUAGUUGUCUCUUGCAAUACUCAUGGAAAAGUAAGUAAUCCAUUCUACGACGGCCACACGGCAUUUCAUAAUGUAUCUAUCUAAGUUAAUCCUUUUAUAUAAAAUAUAAAAAUUGUAAGUCUUAUUUAGAAGAAAGUUAAAAAAAAAAACGGUUUCUCCCAAUUGAAUAAAUUCGUAAUAAACCGUUAAUAGAGAAAGUAUCAAGAUUAUAAAUGCGACCAAUUAUCAACGUGUGUAACUUAUGACCGUAACAAUUUAUAAUUGUUUCACAUAAUAAUCACAGAUAUUUUUAAAUUUAACGCUCAGAUUAUGAAAUGAACUCUCUGUCGUGCUUCUACUAAGAAACUACAGCAUGGGAUUCUUUAAAAAAGCGGUGAAGAGGCGUCUUCAGGGUCGGCAACGCGCGCGUAAUGCCCCUGGUAUUGCAGGCGUUUAAAGGCUACGGUAACCGCUUACCAUUAUGUGGGCUGUAUGCUUGUUUACCACUUCAGUAUUAAUAUCUGAGUCCUCAGGAAUGGCAACGCAUGGGAGGUAUCAUGGGCGAAACAGUAUUUUUUUUUUUUUUUUUUUUUUUUUUAUACUACUUAGAAUGGCAAACAAGCUGACGGCCCACCUGAUGGAAAGUAGUAACCGUCGCCUAUAGACAUGAGCAGUACCAUGGACAUAAUAGAGUAUACUCUGUUAUGUCCGUGGUACUGCUCAUGUCUAUAGGCGACGGUUACCAUUUUCCAUUAGGUGGUCUGUCAGCUUGUUUGCUAUUCUAAGCUGCAUAUAAAAAAAUACAAUUCCUAUCAAAUGCAAUUUAUUAAUUAUAGUUAAAAUAAUAUUUUUAAAGGCGAAUAUAAUUAUCAAUCGAUCGUUAUCAAUGAUUGAAUACCAAGCAUAUACUUGCUGUUGAGUUCGAAGAAACCGCCUCAACCUUGAUGAUAUUGAUUUUUUUAUAUCACCUAACAACAACAGGCUGGAAAUUAAUGAUGAUUGUAAUUUACUUGUAAUCAAUUAUGAUCGCGGGAAAUAGCAUUUUGAGCUUUAUUCUUUAUUCAUAAUUGUAUUUCAAAAUAAAACUUCAGUUGUUAUAAUUAAUAACGUUAUUUCAUAUAGCAUAGUCAGGCCCGCGCUAGCGUCACAGCUGCACAUGACUAAGGGUCACGAAUUAAUUUUAAAAUUAGUCAAUGUAACACGCAAUUAAGUUUAAAAUCGUUAUUACAUUAAAAUAUCGUAUAUUUGUUUCGAUUGAAUAAAAACCGAAAAAAGAGCAAUUGGAUAGUCUUACAGCAUAACUCUCUUAAAAUUUGUGUGCAUAUAUAUAUAUAUAUAUAUAUAUAUAUAUAAAAUAUUGGUAAUUUUAAUUGGUUACUUAUACAAUGUAUACUUACGAAAUGGACUAAAACAGAAAAAAAAUACUGUAUUUUAUUUUUGUUAUAUUUACACUAAUAGUUAAUUAAUAUUAUAAUAAUAUUAACAGAUUCUAUAUUCAUCUAUAAAAUAUUAAAAAAAGAAAAACAGUUAUUUGUUAACAUAAUUUAUCCUUCAUUCUUAUGGCCUAGUUAUAAAUUUUAUAGAAUAUCAAAAAUAGUCGCUUAGGGUCUCAUCCGUCUUUAAUGUAAAAAUAACGGCUUACAGUUUUAUGGUUCCUUCGAAAAUAUACAAUUUAUUAAUAGGACGUCGAAUUUUGUUAGAGAAUUAAUUAAUACACAAUAUAUUUAGUGUGUAUAAUAUGUUUUCAAUGUAUUAUGUUUUUAUUAAGUUCGGAUCAAACAGGUGCGGACUAAUUACAAAAGGUAAAUUGCUUAUAUAAGCGUAAAGAGUUGCGCAAUAUUAUUAUAUAUUUUUUUUAUUGUGUAUAUUUUAAUGUAGUCUCGUCUUGUUUACGUAGGUACAGGUAUGUAGUUUAGAAAUAAUAAUAAAAGAUUCCGAAAAUUAAUUACAAUAAUUACAAUAAUAGACAAAAACAUAUAGGAAAAAUUUGGUGUCGUGUCGUAUUAAGAGAUAAAGAGACAACGAAAAUCAUGGUGAAUGUAAAGAGCGUCACUGGUGAGAGCAUACCUCUUAUAUAAUCUCUUAUAUAUACAAUAAAAAAAAAUUGCCACAUAGAUUAAGUGAAAAUGAAUUCGUUGCAAUCGUUACAGUACAUGAUAUUCUUAUGUUCAUAGUCUUUUGUAUUUUAUCAUCUAUCUACAUAUAUAAUCGGAACAAGUUUUAAAUAUAUUUUUUAUUAUUUUCUUAAUUAUAAAAAUAAAUAAAUAAAUGAAACAAUCACUAUUUACAUAGCUAGUUUAUAAUUAAAUUGUAAUUUUCGUAUACAUCACUAAUAAAUACUAAAUGUUGAGUUUCUUGCGGGCUUUUCUCAACAGAAAACUACUUUCCGAACUCUGCAGUAGAUUUAAAUAAAAUGACGAUUGAAAAGUGCUUGUAAACAAGUCUAUUUGAAUAAAAAUGUUUUAGAUUGAAUUGAACUGAAAAAUCAGCACUUAUAAUUUAGUACGCUCCUGUUUGGUCAGAUCAGAUACAUCAUUUUUUUUUUAUAAUAUAAAAUAUAUAAUAAUUAGUGACACAUAAAACAUAUAAUACUUUAGUGUUUUAUUUUUUUUAUUAGUAUAAUUAGCAUGUGAAAAAUAAAGCUGCUUACAUACUUGCGUUAAUGAUAGUAAAUGUGUAGGAUGGUUUACGGAGAGUCAGUAUAUCAAGUAAUAUUAUUAUGCUAGAUAUAAAAUUAUUUUUUCUGUGAUAACUAGAUUAAAGUGUUUUUGUAAAUAUGCUAUAAUUACUACGAGUGUUUAAUAAGAGAUUGUAUUAAUAAAAUACUUAUAAAGCUUUUGACUUUGAACUACAGUAGGCGUGGGUAAUAUCGGUAGCAUUCCGAUAUCUAUAUAUUGGGUUUCUCUUGAUAUCGAUGGUGGUUUUCGACUAUACCAAUCGUAUAUCUAUAUUCAUUUCGAUUGAGUGCUUUAUUUAGAUAUUAUAUGUAUAUUAGAGAACUGAUAUUUAACAUAUCCGUUAUUGGGCCAAUAUAUAGGUAUCGUAACUAUAUGAUAUAGAUAUUGCUGUAUAUUACCCAUUCCUAAACUUCAGCGAAUAGUUGAUGAUUUUUGGAGUGAGAAUCUAGAUAGUGUUAUGGAAUGAAGAAUGUUUAAAACUUGUAAAUAAUUACAUUGUAAAUAUACUUUUCUAAAUAAAACCAAACUUUGGCCUAUGUA